AUGGUCUCUGUCUCGAUCUCGGUCUCUCAAGUAGUGACUAGUGCUACUGCAAGUGAUGAAGCAAUGGAGGUUGCUAAGAAGAGCCUGUUUGCCAUGAGUGACACAGAAAUUUUGGAAGGCAUUUAUGCCACUCAUGUAGUUAGUCAUGAGCAUGAUUCCUUUGACGUGCGUUCCCUUUUCUCCAUCACUCAGAGCAUCAUUAAGUGUUCAAAGCAGAUCAUUGAUAAUAUUGACCACAAGACUACAAAUGUCACGGAACCCAUUGGAGUAUUUGAUUAUUUAAUCCAAAUAAUGCUCAACCUCAAACCAAUGGCCACCCAAGUGUAUGCUGACACUAGGGAUGGAAUAACUAUUGCACCCAGCUUCAGCACCCCAUUGUGCCUUCUAAAGUCCAUAAUCCGCGAGGUGCCAUGUAAGGCUCCAGGUGAAGAGAAUGCCCACGAUGCUACGCUGAAAAUACUUAACAAGGUGUCAAAGUAUUCAUGGGAAGCGAAGGCUGUGCUGGCCCUGGCUGCUUUUUCUUUGGAAUAUGGUGAGUUCUGGCUCACUGCCCGGCAUCAACAAUCUGACCAACUUGCCAAGUCCGUGGCAUUCCUCAAGGGAGUACCAGUCCUUCUCAAGCCUGAAAACCUCAAGCAACGAGGCCAAGCAGUUGCUCAGCUCAACAAUGUGAUAAUGUCCACCUUGCAAGUCAUUGAUUGCAUCUUUGAGUUGGAGAAGCUGUCCAUUACUUAUAAUGAGCUUGCGCCACUAAUAUCACCCUCCUUACUAGUGAUGAAGAAGCUACAGACCUACAUGAAGCUGAAGCAACUCUUUCAAAUUCCUACUGAGAUUAUGGAGGUUAUGAAGACCCUGAUCUUUUUCAAGGAUAAUGUCAACACGACCAUUUUGGAUGGUUCUACUAAGAAACCGGUUCACAUCGACGUCCUAAGGACGACAAAUGUGUUAUUGUUCAUUUCGAGCCUAGAUAUAUCAGAAGAUUAUAUUUCUCUUCUCAAAACCAUAUAUGAUUUUACAAAGAAAAGUAACGAGUACAAGAUUGUUUGGGUUCCUGUUGUGGAGAAAUGGACUACAGAGCUGCAAGUCAAGUUUGAGACCCUGAGGGUUAAGAUGCCAUGGUACACAGUAGGCCAGGCUGGUGCCCACAUAGCAGGCAUCAAGUACAUCAAGGAAGAUUGGAACUUCCAUGGCAAGCCUAUGCUGGUGGUGUUGAACUCAAAAAGUGAGCUCCAGCAUUCGAACGCUCUGCGCAUGAUUUCAAUAUGGGGAAAAGAAGCCUUCCCUUUCGACCAGAAAAAAGAAGAAGAACUCUUACUUUCUCUCCGAGAUACAUGGUUUACCGCGGUAAUAGACGGGAUUCACACAUCUGUAACCGAAUGGAUCAAGCAGGAGAAGUACAUUUUCUUCUACGGAGGGGAUUCAGUUUGGACGAAUCAGUUCAAGGAGAAAGCAAGUGCCCUUAAAAAUGAUGACAUCCUAAAGAGAUCAAAGAUUUCUCUUGAGUUAUAUCAUGUGGAGAAGAAUGCAAAUAAUGAUGCAGGUGAUGACAGCUUUAACACCUUCUGGUCCGCCAUAGAAACCAUGUUCCAUAUCAAGGUUAGCAGCAAGCAGAUUGACGACGUGGUAAGACAAGUUCAAAAGCUGCUUUCCUACAAAGAUGACAAGAGUGGAUGGGCUGUGCUCAUCCAAGGCCGUAGGAUCGUGACCAUUGGUGCCGGUUCGACAAUCUAUACGGUCCUGGAGAAAUACUACACGUGGAAUCAGCAAGUAACAAUAACAAUAGAAAACUUUGGACAAGUUUUUGAGCAACAGCAUAAGGAGGAGGUUGUAAAAAUUGGUCACGUCUGCAGCUGCUUUAGCAUCCCAAGUGCAGCACGAAGCACCUUAGCGGCCAUGAUCUGCUACGAGUGUGGCAAUCUCAUGGAGAUAUCUGUUAGAUAUAAGUGCUGCCAUGUCAAGAAGUAG